CCCACAACGAUGAUGGAGUCGACGUCGGACUGGGUUUUGGAGAGAAUAAUGGUGAUGUACCGGAAUUGAACUUGGGAAUGUUGGAUUUGACAUCAGAUGAAUUUAUCCUAGAUGAAGUUGAUGUGCAUAUUCAAGAAAAUUUAGAAGAUGAAUUAGUCAAGGAAGCACUUGAAUCUGGUGUUGAUUUAAGGCAGUACUCCAAGCAGAUUGAAAAAGAAUUACAACAAGUAGAGAAUGCCUCGAUUCAAGAUUACAUUAAGGAGAGUCAAAAUAUUGCCAGUUUACACAACCAGAUCUCUGCGUGUGAUACCAUACUGGAGAGAAUGGAACAAAUGCUGAGUAGUUUCCAGUCUGAUCUUGGCAGUAUAAGCUCUGAAAUCCAGACAUUACAAGAACAGUCCAUAUCCAUGAAUGUUAAACUGAAAAACAGACAAGCUGUAAGAGGAGAAUUGAGUCAGUUUGUUGAUGAGAUGGCAGUACCAGAAUCAAUGAUAAAUAUAAUCUUAGAUGCACCAGUUACAGAGAUUCACUUUUUGGAACAAAUUCAUGAAUUAAACCACAAAAUAAACUUUGUUAAAGAGCAGUCGUUUAAAGAAGCUGUGUCGUGUAAGGAUGUAGAAGAUAUCUUAGAAAAACUGAAGAUGAAGACAAUCGCCAAGAUCAGAGAAUUUGUAUUGCAGAAGGUUUAUUCAUUUCGCAAACCAAUGACAAAUUAUCAAGUCCCACAGAACACAUUGCUUAAAUACAGAUACUUUUUUGAAUUUUUGUUAUCAAAUGAGAGACAUGUUGCCAAGGAAAUACGUGAUGAAUAUGUAGACACUAUGAGUAAAUUAUACUACUCCUAUUUUAAAGGCUAUACCAGCAGACUGAUGAAAUUACAGUAUGAAGAAGUAGCUGAUAAAGACGAUUUGAUGGGUGUGGAAGAUACUGCUAAAAGAGGAUUUUUCUCUAAGCCAUCACUCAAGAACCGCUCCACUGUGUUUACCCUUGGUAACCGUGGUGAUAUACUAACCAGUGAGUUAGAAGCUCCUAUCAUAGUUCCACACGCUGCACAGAAAUCUGAUAAAAAGUAUACAUUUGAGUGUUUAUUUCGAAGCCAACACUAUGCUUUAUUAGACAAUUGUUGUAGAGAAUAUUUAUUUCUUACUGACUUCUUUUUGGUAUCAGGUAACAACGCACAGGAUUUAUUUAACGCUAUCAUGGGUAAAACACUCACUAUGUUCCUGAAACAUAUGGAUAUGUACACUCAAGACUGUUAUGAUGCUAUCGCUGUUAUAUUAUCUAUACAUAUAAUAUUAAGAUAUCAAGUUAUCAUGCAUAAAAGAAUUGUUCCUGCAUUGGACAAAUACUGGGAAACACUGUUAGAUAUGUUAUGGCCUAGGUUUCAGUAUAUCAUGGAAUUGAACAUACAUAGCAUCAGAGAUACUGAUCCACAAAAACUUGGAACCAUCGAUACCAGACCUCAUUAUGUAAGUUAA